AAUCUAGCUGCUACCACACGUAUACUGCUGGUAAUGUGAGAGAGAAAAAAAACUAUUCGAUGGGUGGCAAUUCAUGGUGAUACUUCAGUAUCAUGGAUGAGGUAAAAAGAUCAGGAGCUGAAGGGAUGCUGUGCUGAGCCAGGAGCAUCAUGGAGGCGCACGACAGAACUAUGAACCAUGAUAAAUAGAUGCCAUAAUACAGAUAAGACCACAGAGAGUGGAAGAAAUAAGGAAUUAUAAUGGAAUCCGGUAGUACAGACCAGUCUGAAAGAGACAAAAGAAUAAAAAUCCAUUUUAAAAUGACUAAGUUUAUCAUGGAAGCAGGCAUUAAGCUCGGGAUGCAAUCAAUCCCUAUAGCAACAGCAUGUACAAUUUACCACAAGUUUUUCCACGAAACCAGCUUGGAUAACUAUGACCCAUACUUGGUGGGCAUGUCUGCUAUUUACCUGGCUGGGAAGGUGGUGGAACAGCACCUGAGGACACGAGAUAUCAUAAAUGUAUGCCAUAGGUAUUUAAAUCCAGAGAGUGAGCCUUUGGAAGUGGACACACAGUUUUGGGAACUGAGAGACAGUAUUGUACAGCUUGAGUUACUGAUGCUUAGACUGUUAAAUUUCCGAGUCUCUUUUCAGCAUCCACACAAAUAUCUUCUACAUUAUCUUAUUUCUUUAAAAAACUGGAUGAAUCGGCACAGCUGGGACCGGACGCCUAUUGCAACAGCUUCCUGGGCACUUCUCAGGGAUAACUACCAUGGUGACCUGUGUCUGCGAUAUGAAGCACAACAUAUAGCUGUAGCAGUAUUGUAUUUUGCCCUACAAUGUUAUGGUGUAGAUGUGCCCAGUAAUGACACCGCAGAGACUCCGUGGUGGCAGGUUUUUAGUGAAGAUGUCACACUUAUGUUAAUCAACAACAUCAUAUGUGAUCUGAUACACAUUUAUACUUUGGAUACCGAAAUCGCUUGAGCCUUACCUGAAGAGGAUCUUUCAUCACUUAACAGUUACCAUGACAACUUUAAAUACAUUCUGUAUAUCUUCG